UGCCCCGCGGCCACGGCGCAUGCGCGAGGCUGUCUGAGCGGGAUAGAGGACGAAAAUGGCGUCGUUCGUGGCUGAGGUGUUGGCGUCGUCGGGGAAACUGGAGAAGGAGGAUAUCGGCACCAAGAUCAGCAAGUUAGCCCGCCGGGUGGAGGAGGUGAAGGGUGAAGUAUGUGACAUGAUCAACAAGAAGUAUGAGGAGUUCAUCCCAAGUUUAAAAAAUGGAGAGGAUCUGGUAAAUCAGGUGGAUGGCAUCUCAAUGGAGAUAGAUGUCCUUAAAUCACAGAUUGAAAAUGAGGUGCAGCGAGAUCUCCAUGUUGCUGUGACUGAGUUCACGGAGCUGAAACAACAGCUAGAGAAAAGUACAGCUUUACUGAGUGUGUUGACACAAUUACAUGAGUUUGACACUGCUCUUGGAACACAUCACCAAGCUUUGUUGGAAAAAAACUACAUCAAAUCAGCUACUCAUCUCAAUAAAGCACAGUCCAACCUGACAUUACUAAAAUCAAAGAAAGGCAUUGAAUUGAAAAUGUUGCAAGUGCUUAGCACGGAACUCAUCGUUCAGAAGGAAAAAUUGCUGUACCAUCUUGGUGAGGAGUGGAAGCAGCUGGCUGUUUGGAACCUUCCCCCUUCACCAGCUCCUACAAAAGCUGAGGAUUUGUUUGGGUGGACUUUGAAGACUGAGCUGCGCUUGUGCAACAUGACAUCGAAGAAGAAGAGUGAUCUUGAGCCGCUGCUUGUGUCAAUACUUCAAGGCUUUGCUAUUCUUGGUGAAUUGACCAGGAAACUGAAAUUCUUCAGUCAGAUCCUGAUGAAAUAUGUAUUGAAGCCAUUGGUUCUUGAUCCUUCCCUUGAUGUUGAGAUUGAACUUCAGACAGGGGAUGCAGUAUUAAGGUUGAUUGCAGUUGAAAAGCAGUCUGAUCAUGCCUCACCAACAGAAGUUUACCGGAAGGUGAUCAAUGUUUUGGAGUUCCUGCACCAACAUCUUCUUUAUGUGUCUCAUUGGGAUUCUGUGGUUUGUGACGUGAAGCAGGAUGCAAUCCUGACAGAGUUGCUGGGAGAUAUGAUCUGGGAGGAUUUAUCAGAAAUUAUUAUCAAGAACUGUUUAGUAUAUUCCAUACCAGCAAACAGCAGCCAAUUGGAUCAGUAUGAAGAGGUGAUAAAAGAAACAGAUAAGUUUGAGAAGAAACUUAAAGACAUGCAGUUUUUGCGAGAGCAUUCCACAGACCUGUUAAAAUAUGCAAGGAACGUGAAUGUUCACUUUGCCAGUAAGAAGUGUCAAGACGUGAUAGUCACUGCCAGAAACCUGAUGACAUCAGAAAUUCACAACACUGUGAAGGUGAAUUAAUUAUUAUGUAUAGCCCGAAGCUGACACAUUAUACUGACCUGGAGCGUGGUUGAAUUGGGAAAAAGCUGGCUGCCCCUUGGUUCCUCAGCAGUUUUGUUUUUCAACGUAAUCU